AUGGCCGCCCGGACUUCCUCCUUGACGAUCAAAACACUCAGCAAGGUCCCAGACGUGGAUAUGUACGAAGACGUCAUCCAAUUAACGACACCACUCCAACUCCAACCACCUGUAUCCAUCUACAUCAAAAGCGACUCACCAUAUCGGGUCACUCUCAUAAGGGGCAACAGUAUCGACGUCGACGCUGGCCCCGAGUCCUUCACCAAGAUCACGUCCUUGAGGCCGCUCGUCAUUGCGUCGUCAGCACCGCUUAAGUCCGCAUUCGCUGAAGGAUGGAACAAACUGCCAGCCGAGCUGAAGAUCCUGACAAUCGAGUUCAAUAUGAAAGCCGAGAAUCGUAUCGGCGCAGGUGACAAGAAGGUCUACCCACCGAUAGUCCUUUUUCAGCUGCUUCCUCACCUGACAAUGACACGCGAAAUCGCCGCAAUAGCGCGAGAGAUCUUCUGGGCCAAGAACGAGUUCUAUCUAGAGCCGUCAUAUUACUCUGUCGUUAUGGGCAAUGGAAGACUGGACCCCCGCCUCUACUUCGCCUAUCCCCCACAAGCAUUUCACCAUCUCAUUCGAAGGCUCGCUGUGCGCAUCCGCCCGAUGAGGGAUGAGUGGCUCAAGCUCGCUAAGCUUGCGAACGGUGACUAUGGUUUCGCUGCGCUUCGCAACGUCGUUGUUGAGUUGGACACGCGGAUUUUGCACUGGGCCAGCGCGAGAAGAUACAACGAUUUUCUCACUAACACGGUCGGCGAUGGCAUCGACUUUCACUGCGCUGGCAAUCUGAAAUUCCUUGCUCCACAGAAAGCUAAGGGCAGGUCAUCAGAGGUUUCGUUCGAAGAUGUGAAGAAGAUGUUCAACAGCAGGAUCAGGUUCGCGGUCGAGGAGACCAAGGCGGAAGGUUAA